CCUCCUCGCUCGCAUACAAACCUUCACACACACGUCGGACCUCCGCACACUGUACCGAACAACGAGCAUGGACGCACGGCUCUCUGCCUCUCUGCUCGCCGGACUUGUGGUCCUCCUUCACGGCUUCACGGCAUGGGCGGUGGUGGAGCUGAACAUGGAGGACAGGGUGGAGGUUUUCAAGGGAGAGACAGCUCAGAUCACCUGCAUGUACACCUCAGAUGAUGGCAUUGGGGCAUUGACCAUCCAGUGGUUCUAUGUGUCGAGGACGGGAGAGAAGCAGAAGAUCUACUAUCAAGACGCCACCACGCAAGAGGUGGACCGCGGAACGCAGUUCACAGACCGCAUCACUGUCAACGUCACAGCGGCCACCAGAGAGGUGGUCCUGACCAUCACGGACGUGCAGCUGAAAGACCAGCUGGAGUUCAUCUGUCUUGUCAAGAGUCUGACGGAUGGCGUCUCCGAGGGACGCACCAAUCUACUGGUGUUCGAAAGACCAGACUUCCCUACCAUAGAAGUCGUUCAGACUGGGAUCUACGUCAACAAAGACACACUGUCCAAGAUUGGCUUGUGCGAGGUCAAAAAUGGCUUCCCCAAGCCAAACAUUACCUGGUACCAAAACAACAUGCCAUUAGGAGGACCUAGUGAUGUGGUGAAGAUUGUGCACAGCAUCACCAUGGAGUCCAGCGGUCUGUUCUCCGUCAGGAGCGAGCUGAGCUUGAAGGUGAUGAAGGAGGACAAAGACACUCAGUUCUACUGCGAGGUCACCUACCUCGUUCCUGGAGGAACCAGAAUGACUGAGACCAACCCCAUUAAUAUCACCGUAUACUACCCGUCCACUGCUGUCCACGUGUGGGUGGAGUCACCGAAAGGCAAAAUUAAAGAGGGCGAUACGAUUAUGUUUCAUUGCUAUGGCAACGGUAACACGCCAUCCUCAGUCUAUGUCAUCAGGCACGGAGAAAAUGAAUAUGGGCUGGACUCUAACAUGCUUGUGCUGGAAAACGUGACCCGUCUUCAGAGCGGCGAUUAUGAGUGUAUCUCAACGGACAUGGAAACCUACGAGGAGCUCUCAGGGAACACCACUGUGUUUGUUAACUACCUCGACCCGGCCGUGGUGCUGCCCGUCGACAUGGAGAUGGCUCAAGGCGAAGAGUUGACUGCCACCUGCAACGCUCUGUCUUCUCUUCAGACGCACACAGCCUGGUUCAAGGAUGGACGAGAGGUGUCAGUGGGCCACACUUUGACAGUGAAGGAUGCCACCUUUGACACAGCAGGGACGUACAAGUGUGUGGUGACUGUUCCUGAAAUUGACGGCAUGGAGAGGAUGGAGACCCUUCGAGUCAAUGUAAAAGGUGCACCAGAGAUUAUGAAACCAGAAGACACAGACAUCAAGGCGAGUUUGGCGGACACAGUGGACCUGACCUGUUAUGUGCGAGGCUUCCCAACUCCCAGCGUUAUUUGGACCACCGCUGAUGGAAAGGUCCUGGAGACCACGUCCCAAACCGAGACGGAAGACAGCGUCCACAGUGUGAUGAGCGUGGAUGUAACCUCCGACCUCACUGCCUUCUGCAACGCCUCCAACGUGUACGGUGCUGACGCCGUGACCUUCAACAUUAAAGCCAUUGUACACACCACAGCAGCAGCCACCACCACCACCACCACCACUAGCACAAGCACCACUCGCACAAGCAUUCUUUCCCCUUCCACAGUCCAAGCAGGUACCGCUAUUCCACCAAAGAAAAUCAGGAAAGAGGGCAGUGGCGUGAUCAUCGCAGUCAUUAUCAUCUGCCUGCUGCUGCUGGCCAUCUUGGGAAGCGUGCUCUACUUCCUCUACAAAAAAGGAAAGAUCUGCGGCCGCUCCGGCAAGCAAGACUUCACCAAAGAGAAAUCCAGCAAAGACAACAUUGUGGUUGAAAUGAAAAGUGACAACACAGAGGAAGCUGUCCUCCUCGGGGUCAACGGAGAGAAGCUACCCCCUAGCAACCAGUAAACAACGGUGAGGAGGAAGCCACUGCUGUGACUCAACAACACCAAGCUCCACCACAGCCUCUUUUUCCCUUCAAUCAAAAGCUGUCUGAGACCCCAAAAUCAUCACACUGGGCUAGAUAACAUCCCUGCAUGUUUGUUGGAGGGCAGCAAUGUUUGAAUGAGGCUGUCAGAUUGUCCGUUUCUUAUGUUGCUGACCCAACGUUGAGCAGGGACUAUUUUUUUAUACAGCCGAAUAAUCACUGUAUCACACCUGAACAGGCUCUUCCUCCAGUGUACAUACUACGUCAUCUGUGUAUAUAUAUAUUUGCUUAUUUAAAGUGUAUUGACACUUGAUUUACGAAGAGCAGCGACAGUCCUUCUGUAAAAGUCCAUACACUGAAAAUCUUUGUGUAUAUGUCACAAAUUUCCUUAGAGGUCAUUCAAAUAAGCAGAGGGAGUAUUUCAAAGCCCCGUUGCACAGCAAAACUGUUCCAGCAUAAAAGGAAUACAAAAAAAAGAAGAGAUAAUUCAAAUAUAUUUUGCCUUUUAGUGCUUAAAUCUAACCCCUGGUUAAUUUUUUUAAAAUUAAUCUUCCACAUUUGCCUCUCUGCAGCUAACAAUACCAUUGUCACACUUCCACUGGAAAGGAUAUAUUUUUGCAAAGCUAUUAUAAAUUAUUAUGGAUUUCACAUCAUGGUCUUUAGUGACUUUCCGUUCCUUCACAGUUUGAAUAUUGCAUGUGUGUGAUUAUGCUUUACAAAUGGUAAAAUAUUACACCAAAGAGCUUUGACUAUAUAUAUAUAUAUAUAUAUAUAUAUAUAUGUAUGUUUUUUUGUGUGCCUAUAUGUAGAUAUAUAUCUACAUAUACGCACAAAAAAACCCACUUUCUACUGUUAAGAUAUGAAGCGCAGUGAUGUUUUUUUGUUCAGUGCACUGAUUUCUUUGUGGUCUUCAUGUAGUUCUGUUGUUUUUAUCGAAUGUGAAACUUUAUUUUUGUGAUGUGAAAAUGAAGGCUCAUGCAGUGACUGCAUUAAGUUGUUCACUUUGUGAGGGACAGCAGGCUUGUGUUAAAGAAAUAUAUACAUAUUCCUGUGUUAUGUGAAUAUGUAUGUGGAAUAAGCCAAAGUAACACAAUCUCCCCCAUGGCUCACACACGACGCCUUACAUUGAGUGGCGGCCGCACAUAAAGCACACGCCAGAAACUGCCACUGCUUACGCUGACUUGGAAGGGACAUUGACUACAUUUCCUUGAUUGAAUAUAAGGAAAAUUCAUGAUAAAUUUUGUUAAUUAUUUUUUUCAAUUAGAUGGGAGAACAGCUCACUGAAUGUUCUGAAAUUGUGUUUCCACACAAGUGUUCUACUGCAAAUGCUCAGCUUCUGAUAGAUGAUGUUAAUUUGUCCUUCUUUAGAAAGAAAACCACCUGAGAGUGAAUCAACAGCGCCUAUGCUGCCUGCAGCCAGGUUAUAUAAUCAAAACACGAUUAAUCCCAACAAUCGACUCCACGUGAUUUCUAAUCAUCAAUUAAUAGAUUACUAUGCCCAUCCCUAAAUAUUGACGCUCACGUUGUAUAUGUGUGAGACAUGGUGACUGGACUACUGAGGAGGGGAAACAACUCAUUGUCCACACAAAGACAACAAGGGCUGACUAGGUAAAUAAUGUGCAAGAGAAUCAGCAUUUAUGCAUUUAUUGUGAAAACAUCACAUCGAUUAUAUGGCUUGGUGUGAUUUUAUAUGUGAAGAUGAUGUUUUGUGCCUUGUGACAUUUCAACGUCAUCCCUGAAGUCCUGUGGUUUGGAUCAGGAUACUGCAUACUGAAGUCCUAUUAAUGCUUGUGCAGCCCUGUUGAUCAACAGUCAAGCUAUUUUGUGAACUUCUGUCACUCGUCUCAUUUGUUUUUCAAUUAGUUGUCAAUUUCUUUUGCUCUUUAAACUCUUGGGGACAUCAAAUGUAAAGCUAUGCUUUUUCAAGCCAUUUUUAAAAAAAUUAUACUGAAUAAAAAAAAACAAUAUAUCA